AUGAAGAGAAAUUGUGUCAAAGUUUCUCAAGAAUCGCUUUCUCAAACUGAUUUGUAUUUACUUGCUGAGUGUUGGGAAUUUAUCUUCAAACUUGUCAACUGCGAUGACGAGUAUUUCAAGUGUCUCUCACUGGUCUCGAAACAAUUCCUCUCCAUCACCGACGGUUUUCGAUUCUCUCUCACGGUCCAUCAACGAACUCUACCUUUCCUCCCUCGCCUUGUUCAAAGGUUUACCAACCUCACUUCCGUUAACUUCUCACUGGUCUCUUGCGACCUCCUCGACAAGCUUCUUCCUCAAAUAUCUCAUUUUCCAUUGAAAAUUACGUCGCUCAAUAUCUCCAAUCGACCCAGCUUUCCCGAACAUGGCUUGAGAGCUUUCUCUAAAAAUGUAAUAACUUUAAGCUCUCUCAUUUGUUCCAAUGUUUAUUUUGAUUAUAAAUACGACUUUUUCCAUAUUGCACAUCUGUUCCCCUUGCUACAAAUACUUGACCUAAGUUUCAUUGGACGCUUGCACUUAUUCCACUCUCCAAGAAUGAAGCUACACGGGAUGAUGAACUUUGAACUUCCCAGAUUGGAGGUCUUGGACUUAUCCAAUACCACAGUUGACGAUGAAGAACUCUAUAUAAUCUCAAAGGCUUGUCAUGGGCUUUUGCAACUAUCACUCAACACUUGUCGACAAGUUACCGAGAAGGGGGUGAAGCACGUGUUACAGAACUGCACACAGUUAAGAGAAAUUGAUAUGGAAUGGUGUCGUAGAGUGCGUCCAAAAAUAGUUCUCUCAAUGGUAUUUUCAAGGCCAUCACUGAGAAAAAUAACCGCACCACCUGGUUGUAUUUUGAGCCACACGGAGAAGGAACUUCUCAAGCUUCAAGGAUGCAUUGUUUCUAGCUGUUUUGAGCACGCUGAGUGGGAAAUUAAGAACAGUUCAGUCUUCUUUCAAAAGGCAAAAGACUCUGCACCUUGCAAAGAAAUAUCAUCUCUGCAAGGAUUGUCUGAGAGGAAAUGCAUGCAAAUACGCUCGGGUUUUCAGGAAUUGCUAACACUGUCUUCGGAAGUUGUUUAA